GCGGGGGGGUGGGGGUCGGAGGAUGGCGGAGCCGCGUCGGGUGCCGUUCAUUAGUCUGGCACCCGUGAGGCGACGAGAGGGCGAGAGCCCGUCCCUGGAGCGCGAGCCCGGGGGCCGCGAGCCGGAGCAGCAGCUAUUGCUAGGGCGCGAGGUGGUGGUGCCGCCGCCCGACCAGCAGCACGAGCUCUCCCGGGCGGAGCCACAGGUUCAGCUGCCGCGCGAGACCAGCCCCCGGCCGGACCCGCCGCGUGAGAUCAGCCGGCCUGAGCAGCAGCGCGAGCCCCCACGGCCGGAGCCGCCGCCGCCGGCGCAGCAGCAGCAGCAGCAGCAGCCGCGCGAGAGCAGCAGACAGGAGCCGCCGCCGCCGCCGCAGGAGGCGCCACCGCCACGCCAGACGGUCCGCCUGGAGGUGGUGCUGAAGGACCCAACCGAGGAGAGCUGCGUGGAGUUCAGCUACCCUGAGCUGCUGCUGUGCGGGGAACCGCGGAAGAAACCUGCCCACUCGGAAGAUCCAUUUAAUGAUGAACAACGUGAGCGGUAUGAGGUGGAAAAUGCUGGCCAAGAAAUUGAGGCAAAAUAUGGUGGGAAGUCUCACAAGCAUCGAAAGGAUCGCUUGCAGGAUCUGAUUGAUAUAGGUUAUGGCUAUGAUGAAACAGACCCUUUCAUCGAUAACUCUGAAGCUUAUGAUGAAUUGGUUCCUGCAUCUCUGACAACCAAAUAUGGGGGAUUUUACAUCAACACGGGAACAUUGCAAUUCCGCCAAGCAUCUGAUUCAGAGGAUGAAGACUUUGCAGAGGACAAAAAGCACAGGCCACCUAAAGUAUCCAAACUAAAAGAAGGAGAGGACCGCGGGAUUAAGAAGCGGAAGCGGAAAGAGGAGGGGACAGAGAAGGAGAAAAAGCCUCGGAAAAUGAAAGUUCCUAAGCAGCUGGGAGUAAUCGCUUUAAAUUCACACAAAUCUGAGAAGAAGAAGAAGAAGUUAUACAAGGACUCGCUUUCUCUGGCAGCCAUGAUCCGGAAGUUCCAAAAGGAGAAGGAAGCCCUGAGAAAAAAAGAUUCCAAUCCAGAACCCCCGGUGACUGUUGCCACCUCCAUCCCUAGUAAACCCCCUUCCUCCUCUGCUACCACAGGAAAUGAUGUCUCAGACUUGAACCUCAGGGUUACCGAUCCUGUCCUCUCCAUUUUUGGUAGCACAAAUGAGCAUGAGCUCCUGCAGGAAACCGAAAGUGCCCUGGAGAUUCUGGGAGAGAUUGACUUUGACAAGCUGCUUGACGUCACCUCUAAUGGCAGCCCAGUGUCUGAGCCAUCAGGAGAGAAUGGAAGUGCCACUCAGCCAACCAAUACCGCUCAGGUCAUGACACCAAAGCAGGUGCCUGCCCUCCCAGAAGGCCUACCUGUACUUCUUGAAAAGCGCAUUGGAGACCUACGAAUAGCUGCCAAGCUGUUUGAUGAAGAAGGCAGGAAGAAAUUCUUCACGCAGGAUAUGAACAAUAUUCUGCUGGAUAUUGAGCUGCAGUUACAGGAGAUAAGUCCUAUCCUCCGUCACAACGUGUACUCCCAUCUUGAGGCUUUUGUGCCCUGCAAUAAGGACACACUGAUAAAGCGUCUGAAGAAAUUACACCUCAAUGUCCAGGAUGACCGUUUGAGGGAUCCGCUGCAAAAGCUGAGACUGGCUGUCAGCAAUGUCAUGCCUGAACAACUAUUCAAGUAUCAGGAGGACUGUCAGGCUCGCAAUCAAGCCAAGAAUGCAAAAUUGCAAGCAGAAGAUGAACGAGAGAAAAAUGGGUCAGAGGAAGAUGAUGAUGAGAAGCCAGGAAAGAGGAUUAUUGGGCCAAGAAAGAAAUUCCACUGGGAUGAUACAGUGAGGGCUUUGUUGUGCAACCUUGUCAAGAUCAAGCUGGGAUGCUACGAGCUAGAGCCAAAUAGAAGUCAGUCUCCUGAGGAUUACCUCAAGACCUUUAUGGAGACAGAGGUGAAACCACUCUGGCCUAAAGGCUGGAUGCAGGCUAGGAUGCUCUUUAAAGAAAGCCGAAGUGUUCACAACCAUCUCACUUCUGCUCCGGCAAAGAAGAAGGUGAUUCUGGCACCUAAACCCAAAGUGAAGGACUCCAGUCCAAAGAAAGAGCAGAAAGCCUGUACAUCUUUGGUGACUUCAGCUUGUGCUACUACAUUGAAUUCCAGUGCACCUAUCGGUACAGUAGCUAGCUCUAUCUGUACAUCAGCUCCAGAGACCAUCUGUUUGGAUGACUCACUGGAUGAAGACCUCUCUUUCCACCCACCCUCUCUGGAUUCUAUAUCUGAUGCUUUGGCAGUUAUCAACAAUGGAGCCAAGAUCUUGCCCGUGGGGUCCACCAUAGACACAACAACCUCAAGACCUCGCCCUGGGCUGAGAGAAGAGAAGCUAGCAAGCAUCAUGAGUAAGUUGCCUCUAGCAACUUCAAAGAAGGUAGAGCCAGCUCAGACUCCACAUUCAUCCAGUCUUAUCGCUGGUCACACAGGACCAGUACCAAAGAAACCCCAGGACUUAGUUCACACGGGCAUUUCUUCAGGCCUUAUUGCUGGCUCUUCAAUUCAAAACCCCAAGGUUUCCUUGGAACCUUUGCCAGCCAAGCUACUUCAGCAAGGACUACAGAGGUCAAGCCAGAUCCAAGCUGCUUCCUCUUCGCAGACCCAUAUUUCUUCCUCCUCCAAGGCCCAAGCAGCUACUUCCUCCUCCUCUCAGAGGUGCAAGGAUGCUGCUAUCCUGGUAUCCUCUUCAGAGGGCCAAGGUGGUUCUUCCUCAACAUUACAAGUGUCAAAGAUGCACCAGCAUUCAGCUGUCCAACAGAAAUAUGUGUCUCCUCUACAAGCAACUAUUAGUAAGUCACAGACCAAUCCAGUGGUGAAACUGAGUAGCAAUCCCAAGCUCUCCUGUUCAUCCCCAGUCAUCAAGAGUCCAGAUAAGCCAGUAAUGUACCGCCUUCCUCUGUCUAACCCCUCAUCUGGAAGUGGUUCUCAAGUAUCCCACCCUCUAGUUUCUCGGACAACAUCCAGCACCUCUACCUCUAGUAACUGUUUUGCCAAGACUAUGGUGUCGCAGGGUUCUUCCCAGGGUUUCAAGCCUCCCUUCUCCAUGACUGCCUCUCCUAAACCUGCUGCCUCUCCCAAGUCCACAGCACCCAAAGCCUCUGUCACACCCAAGCCCACAGCAUCAUCUAAAUUUCCAUCUAAAUCAACCUCAUCCUCCAGGCCCACAACAUCACUCACUUCUUCCAGUUCAAGUGCACUAGUACCCCAGAGUAGUCACUCCAGUAGCAGCCCCCUUCAUAAACAGCCCAGUGGAGUAAAUAUCAGCAGGCAGUCUCCAACAAUGAAUUUGCUGCCCUCUAGUCGCACCACAGGCCUUCAGCCUGCAAAGAACCCUCAGGCCUCUUCAAAGUUGCCCAACUCUUCUCCCUCUGGGCCUAUUAGCAAAAAUAACUUGAGUGGAGUCGGAAUGAAUGUACCUGCCAGCAGAGGCAGUAACCCUAAUUCAAGCGGAGCAAGUAGGACUAGUCUCUCUGGGGGAGCAGGAAGUGGAACACAGGGUGCUACUAAACAGUUGUCAACGCCACACAGGCCAUCUUCUGCCUCAGGGUCUCCAGUUGUAGCAGGCAGCGUGCAGUCAACAGCAGGAGCAUCAUUACUGGCAAAUGCCUCACCUUUGACUCUUAUGACAUCACCCUUGUCUGUAACCAAUCAGAAUGUGACAUCUGCACCAUUGACUCCUUUUGGGAUGCUGGGUGGCCUUGUUCCUGUGACUGUACCCUUCCAAUUUCCCUUGGAGCUGCUUGGCUUUGGGACGGACACAGCUGGAGUAACAACCACCUCAGGAUCUACCUCAGCGGCUUUCCACCACAGCCUAGCUCAGAAUUUACUGAAGGGUUUGCAGCCAGGUGCCCAGCAUGCAGCAACACUGUCUCAUUCACCUCUGCCUGCUCAUUUGCAGCAAGCUUACACAGAUGGAGGCCAAAGUAAAGGGGACACUAAGUUACAGCGGAAAACCCAGUGACUUCUGGAUGAUCAAGGGAGCAUGAAGCGGUUCUGAUUGGCUGAUGGAAUCUGCCCAGUUGGGAAAGUGCUUACAUGGUCACAGGGCUGCUGUUUCUGUCAAUGUUUACAUACUCUCAUCCUAAGUACUGUGGUGAGAGGAAAGAAGAAAAAGAAAAUACUUGAUCAAAUAGAGGAGGAAAAGGAGGAAAGACUUUCAGGCAAAUUGAUCAUAGUUUGAGCUUACCUAAAGAAACUCAGCCUUUUAAAAUCUAUUCUGACUGGCAAGUUUCAGUUGUCAAACCCACAGUGGCACAAUGUUUACUUUCUGGGUAAUGCCUAAUGAUAAGGAGGAAGCAUGAAGAGCGAUGGAGUAAAUUUCUCCAUCUAUCCUGGGAGGUAGGAAGCCACCCACUUUAACAAUUUGAAAGAAUAUAAAUGGGCCCUGCAAAAGAAUGCAAAAGAAUAUAAAUGGGACUUGAGUGUAUUAUAUGGUUGUGGACCUUACGUAGUGCAGACCAGAGAUGGUCUGCUGCUUGGGCACUCUUGGUGUAAAUAAGAAUAAACUUUCCACAGGUAGUUUCUGAUGCAGACAUUUGUCCAACGUUACCUCUUUGGAAAAGCCUAAUGAAUACAGGCCCUGUUUGGUUUUGUGGGUACUGUGGCUAAAGCAGUCUCAUUACUCCCCAGGCUGAGCUCCCUUUCAAAGAGAGAAUCCUGUUGGAGAGGCAAGAGAAGGGUAAAGAGCGGUUUACAUUACUCUCUACUCCCAAGUUAAUUUAGCACAGAGUGUUUGGUAUUUAAAGAAAAAAUUCUGUCUUUUUUACAUAAAAUGGAAUCUAAAUUUUUGUUUCAGAUCAGGCAGCAUUCUUAUUUCCCCACACCCAAUUUUUUUGAAGAUGGACACUAUGCUUUUCCACCCUUAAACUUGUUUCAUUUCUUCAAUUGGUUCUCCUUGUGUAUCUCUGCUAUUACAGUGUAGAAUCUACAUCCUUCAUAAAACACAAGGGCACUUCCUCAUCCCUGCUGGAUCUGUUCCCUCUUCCAUCCAGCUACUUUCAAAAGCUAGACAUGGUAGUGAACCCUUCAGCUCAGGAGAGCUGGAUGCGGCUUACUUCAGAGCCAAGUUAUACUGCUUCAAGCAUUAGCCAAAGAGGAAUCAUUCAAAAGCAAUCUGGGGUGCCUUUUCUCCUCCUGGGGCUGAAUGUGUUGUCUGUCUCUUUAGCAUUCCUGGCCCCUGCUGGCCUGGGGUACUCAUGACCUGACUCUGCCCUGCAUGGUAUUACAAGACAGCAAGGCUGGCUUUCAUUUUUGGAUAGCAAUAUAUUGGGUAGUUCAUUUGUGCGUUUAGGAAACGUUUAGCACACAUUGCACUUUUGAUAAUAGGACAGAAGAUUAAAUUAGAUUAAAACUUUAUUGUUGAGUCCCAUCUUUCUAUAAGUGGAAAGAGAAGCAUGGCAGAAGCUGCAAUGUAAAAGUAAGAAAGUAUGGGAUCUUCUGAUCUGGAAAUCACAGUUUCUGAUUUGAGGCCCUUUCUCUUGCAAAUCCAGUAUAUCCCUGUGAUCAAAGAUGCUGGAAUUCUAGUCUGUCUUGAACUUUCCAGUAGUUCUGAUCCGAGAUUGUACUUGUGACUGACGGUCACCUCACACCUUCCAAGUACAAACUUCGACCUCUGGCUAUUAAAUCUCUAGUGUUUUUGCUAGACUAACUUUUAGCUUUCCAUUUUCUUUGACAUGUGAACUAUUUUUCUUAAGACCAGACAACAGUUCUUUUUUCUAUUUAGAUCUCUUUAAUUUUAUAUAUAUAUAAAUUAUAUAUAAACAUGAAUUUAAAAUAAUAUAUAUUGUAUAUAUCAUAUAAAAAUAAAUGAAUGUUGGGUUGAGCCCAGCAAUAAAGGAUUUUGCACAAAGAAUUUCUGUAAAGGACAGAUUGAACCAAAAUAAGAUCCAUUAGGUUUUGAAUUUCACCCCUGCGGCACUAGGCAAAUUGUGUUUUUCUGAUAAUGUAAGUGUUCUGUAGGUGGCAUGUUGGUAGACAAAAUUACAACUCUUAGCAUCAAGAUUAAUUUCAAAAAGGGUGUAUAUAUUCAUACAGACCCUGGCAUUCCUACUCGGAUGAAAAUUCUCCCAAGACAUAAGAUUUCAUUAACUAUUCAGAAUGUAGCAUCCAAGUUUUGUUUUUGUGUGAUGCUUUACCCCAGGAAGGGAGGAAGGAAGCAGAUUCUGUGAGGUCAGAAUUUUUUGACCUAUGCCAAACGUAGCACACUUCUAACAAUGCAUGUAGCUGAGGGGCUGAAGUGGAGAGCCACCCAGCAGCAAUAUGUGGAAAAGACCCCUACCCCAAGAGAACUCUGCCCUCUUCUAUACUUCCUCCCUCAAAGUGUCUCACUCAUAUUGCCAUCCUUUACUUUCAUACUUUUUUUUUUUAAAGUGAAAUUCUAGAUCUAGUGACAGGUACACAAUUGACAGACCUGGAGAUUGGAGCCCUUUAUCCAUACAGCACAGACAAUGACAGCACAAGUUUCCUUUCUCCCGCAAGUGUGCCUCAUUUGCAGAGUAUCAUCUCUAGGAUUGAGAGGUUUCCACAGCCCAUUCAGUCGUUGGCCUGUUUGCUGAGAAUGGUAACAAGAAGACAUAUUAGUACUAGUUUUGGAAAUAGUUGUAUGAUGUGAAACUGAACUGAGGUCACAAACUCAUUUCAUAUAGGCCACUGAAAACAGUUCUUGGAGUGUAACUAUUUUUAGUCACUACCAGUCUGGUGGGCCACUUUGGAAUCAAGCGACCCAAAGGAGAAAGAUUCUGUGUUCCAACCCCUUCUGUAUUCUCCACUUGUUCAACCCAGAAAGGCCAGGUCAAAAGAUAACUACAGAGUAAUUCCCGGGAUUUUUGCAGAACGGGGCAGCAUGAGCAGAUGUGCAGUGAAGGAUAUCUGCAACAUCCCAGUGCAAAAUUAGACUAAUACACUUUACUACUCCUUGCAUAGCAACUUGUUGUUUAAGCUGUUUUUCAAGAGUUACUAUUUUUAAGGGCCUUUGGUAAUAUAUAUAAGCUGUUGUACAUACUAAACCCUCAGUAUUCACAAGCAAUAAGAGCCAGUUGAGCUGUUUUCCUGGGCAGCUGACCUUAAUUUGGGGAUUGUACGUGAGCUGGAGUAUCAGGCUCACUCUGAACCUCAAAUAAUGCAAGCAAUAAUUUCAAACACAGGUUUUAGAUGCUAAAAACCUUUUGGGUAAUGCCUUCUGCUACAUGUUCCAAAGCUCCAAAAGGCAUAGGUAGCAAUUUUAAAUCCUGUGGGAACUUUGCAAAUAGAGAAAGGAGCUAGUCUAGGUGAACCACAACCUGCAAAAUUUCUAAUAAUUUGGAUCAUUAUUGCUGUGUUCUCCACCUACCCAAGAUAGAUGUUGAUGACCUAAAUCGUUAUUUUUUGCCCAUCAUUCUAUAUUAUUUUGCUAUUAAAAUACAUUAGUAAUAUUGAGUCACCAAAUCAUGAGUGGAUGCUGUGGGUUUAACAUCUGUUUUCAGCUAAUCAGAAAUGACUUUUAAUUACCUGGGUUCUGCUUUUUGUUUGAAUCCUGUUAAGGCUGUUUGAUGCAUAGAUUUUGGGUGAAGCAGGCACACAAGGUCUUGUUCCUUUCCCCCACUCCAACUGCCUGACACUUCCUCCACACUCCUCCUCCACUUGGUCCAGGACACGAAAGCAGAGAAAUCCUGCAACUCUCCCAAGCUGCCAUCAGUUGUGCAAACCAUAACCUUCUGGGGGUUGUCUCUUAGGACUCCAACUAACUUUAUCACUUUUGCUGCUACAUUUGUAAAAUGAACUUUUGGCUGUAUUUAUUAGCAAAUUUUAAUCUAGUUUACAGUUCGUUUUUGGAGUAGUUUUUGCCCACAGAUGGAUUAGGAGUGAUGGGGUGUUUGAUUUUUUUUUUUUGAGUGCAUUGUUAAAGGCACAGUGAUCCCUCUUCUAUUUUAGUUUUGGACUUUCUUUGAAGAUGGAAUUGCAGGAAAAAGCAAAACCUGCAGUCAAGCAAAGCUCUGGAAGGUUUACACCCCGGACUCCAGCUCCCCAUUUUUUGCUAAGAUGGGGAUUACAAUAGGGACACUUGCUGUUUUGUUUUCUUAAAAUGAACCAGAAGGUAAAUGUGGUAGGUAAAUGACUGGUUAAUUAACACUUUAUGCAAUUUUAAUUUUAUAGAAGUUUAAAAAUAAAAGUUGGUAGAUUCUGA